AAGUUCACGUCCGGUCCGAUUGCUUGCUGCUGAUCCGCCCGUCUAUUCUUCUUAACCAAUUUGGGCCGGGGCCUGACGGGCUUCAAAAACUGGGCCUGCAACCUCACCGUCUCCCUCAACAGCCCAAUCAGCCUCCCGUCAAUCUCCGCCCCUCCUCCUUCCUCCUCCGCCGCUCCCACCCACCGCGCCACCGCCUCCCGGGUACUCACGCAGCCGCCGCGGGGCUCCUUCCUCAACACCAGCUCCGACUCGUAAAUGUUCUCCUUCUUCCCUUCCCUUUGAAACGAAACGGCGUCAAAAGUAGCCUCCCGAGGCGCCAAACGCAAUGUCGUUUCAGCGGACAACGCAGAUAAACAGCGUCGUUUCGCGGUGAAAGCCAAAGAAUCAAAAGGGUCGUACUUGUGUAUAUGUAAAUUGUCGAGCGCGGCAGGAAAAGGGGGGAAAAGCGAGUCGAUCGUCUGGUAGAGGAAAGAAAGCGUGAAAACUUCGACAAUGGCGACUGAAAGUUCGGAAGCGACGAGUAGCAGCGAGGCCAUCUCAGAGUUCAUCCACACGCCGUUCUACUGUGAGGAGAACAUAUAUUUUCUGUGCAAGAAACUCUGCGAAAAUGGGAAGGCAAAUGCUGAUGGGUCUGAUCUUUUUGUUGUGUUCAUCUCCAAUGAAAAGAAGGCGGUAGGGUUCUUAAGCAAUGUCUUCACGAAAUUCGUUUUACUGAUUUGGGACAAUGGCCAUCUUGCUGCAUCUUUCAAAAAGUGCCAUUCGAUGUAUGUGCAGAGGAAACGAGAUGGUGAUGAUGAUGAAACUUCUUCAACUUUGGUAUGGGAUAUGGAUUCCUCUCUUCCGUUUCCUUCACCUCUCGAUUCCUAUCUGUCCGAAACAACGAGGCCAUCCUUUGAGCUCUUCUCUGACUUUCAGAGGUUUUAUCGUGUCGUGCAUGCUCCAGUAUUUCUCCGUGGAUUUGCUUCUGACAGAAGUCAUAUGAAAGACUCUGCGGGUAACUGGAAUGCUCAACCUCCUGCGUAUGAACCCGUUGUUGCAGAAGAUGGAACUGUUAAUAACCUGAAAGAGUACAUGGAUAUUCAUGCACCAACCGAGACGGUGGCAAUCGACGAGCUGACAAAGAUGGUGUUGAGGCAGGAUCAGAAGCAUGGGGUGGUACUGAAGGAGAGCCAGGUGAAGGAAUUCUUCUCACAACUGAAUGUGACCAAUGCUCUUUCCGAUUAGCAAACACGAACGGUGAAUUCUCGGAUUGCCAGAUCAGCAGGAACCUCAUCAGCUGUUUGAGAAUAUACUGAACUUUAUGUAUGCAUGCUUGACAUUUCGUGUUGCAUUUGCUUGUAUGCUUGAUUGAUUCGUGAAAAUUGGUAGAAGAUAGAGAAUCUACUGUUUACUAUUUAGGUCUACAAAAGUUUAGCAAUUACCUGGUGUCUCAAAGGUUUCCAUCCCCUAUGGUAAACCAUUGAAUUGGAAUGGAUUGGAUUGACGGAUUAUCUCGAUAUUGUAUAUCUUAUCAUCAUCUAACAAAUAAUUA